AGGAGACUGGGUUUUGUAUCAAUGAGGAAAAGUCCAUUCUUACUCCUACUAAGUCUAUUGAAUACUUAGGCAACAUUAUCAACACUGACUAUGAAAAUUUCUUUGCCGGAAAGAAGAGUUUCUAAAAUUCGUCUUGCUUGUGAGGAACUUAUGCACAAGUCGGUUGCCCAGAUUAGACAGGUUGCACGGGUGAUAGGUAUUUUGGUCGCUGCCACCUCUGCGGUCGUUCUGGGAAAACUGCAUUAUAGAGUUCUUGAAAGGGCCAAGAUUUAUGCUUUACAUCACUCUCAUGAGAAUUUUGAUGCUAUGAUGCCUAUUUCUGAGGAGAUGAAACAAGAAUUACUCUGGUGGUGCAAAAAUGCAGUACAGGAUAGGGUUAUUUUCAGGUCAGCUGCAGAACUUGAAUUGUUCACAAAUGCUUCCAAUAGUGGUUGGGGUGGCAGCCUUAACCAGGUUUCUCCAGGUAGUAGUUGGUCUUUGGAGGAAACUUCAUUACACAUCAAUGCUCUUGAACUUAAAGCAAUUUUAUUUACUCUGCAGGCAUUUUGGCAGGAAGUUAAGGGAAAACAUAUUAAAAAUUUUUGUGACAAUUCUACAGCUGUUACUUAUGUGAAUGAAAUGGGAGGUACCAAAUCUCUGCCCUGCAAUGAUCUUUCUAUACUCAUUUGGGACUGGUGUGUUGAUAAUGAAGUAUGGAUCACAUGUUCACACAUCCCGGGGAAAGCUAACUAUGAGGCAGAUGAGGCUUCUCGCAUUUUCAAUUCUUGGCAUGAGUGUAAAUUGGAUGUCAAUGUUUUUAGUUCUCUCUGUUCCACUUUUGGUACCCCCUCUAUUGACCUGUUUGCAUCUAGGCUUAACAAACAGAUACCAAUUUUUUGCUCAUGGAAACCUGACCCUGAGGCAAUGUAUUUUGAUGCUUUCUCUCUUAACUGGACAAAUUUUACUCUUCCUUAUCUUUUUCCUCCUUUUUCCUUGAUCUCUAGGUGUUUGCAGAAGAUGGGGGCAGAGCAGGUCAAGGGGUGGAUAGUGGUCCCACUCUGGAGAUCACAGCCUUGGAUGGGCAGGCUGCUCCAUAUGCUGAUAGAUCACCCCAGACUGCUCAGGAAAUCAAAGAACAUUUUGAGGCAUCCCUGCUCAGCAGAAACACACCCUAUCUUGACACACACUCGGUUGAUGGCGUGCCUUCUUUCCGGGACUCCCUCAGAGUGCGAGACAUACAGAAACAAGGUGCGGACAUCAUCAUGGCGUCUUGGAAGCCAGGAAGUGUCAGAUCGGCGGCGGCUUCAAAGGCCAAGGCUCUAGCUGUCCCCAUCAGUACUAUCAUGGCGAAAGCGGGAUGGUCUCGGGAAUCAACCUUUGCUAGAUUUUAUGACAAGGGAAUUGUAGGCAUUUCCGAUCCUUUUCAGGAUGCAGUUUUGCACGUAGAUUAAUAAGAUUGGUUAUGGUUAAAGUUUUGGAUUUUCAAAUUUUCAAAUUUGUUAGUUAUCAAAUGAAUUUGUAUUAUUGGUGACUUUGGGUAGAUAAAGAUACCGCUAAAGAGGAUAUUACAUGCAAUUGUACCAUUGAAUUCUUUAUGUCUGAACUCCUUGAGUCAUCAUGUGUAUAUUCUUCAUUUUUCAUUUGGUUAAAUGAAAUUGUAGUGUUGUUCUUUUGUUUUGGAUAGAUGACUAUGCUGUACUUAUGCCGGGUUCAUUUUGGGGUUAUGGUUGUAAAAUUUACCCAUCUCAAAUGUUCUGUGGCCUUCACAAUUAUUAAAUUUGCUAUCAAGUCCCUUAAAUGGCACUCCUAAUUUUCCAUUUUUGUUAUCAUAAUUUGUGAUUUACUACGAAACCCACAUGGCUUUAAAACCUCAUGUGAGCGCCCCAUGUCAGCAGAGACGACGGCUGACGUAAAAUUUAAAAAGUAUACAAGACAGGUCAGUUGAAGUAUGCUUGUAAU